CCUCUUAAACAUUCUUCGAUAUACAUCUGUGCUUUUCGUUAGUUCUAUUCAAUUCUUGUAAUUCGGUCAACUGAAUGUAAAAUGUUCGUGUGCAAAAUCGUGAAAUCAUAGCUACCGAUAUUUACAUGUAACAGUAAUUUGGGCAGUUUGGGCCCAGCGAGUUCGCGUUCUACACAGCAGACCUGCGUUUACUUCAGACGCUGCCAGGUCUUCGCCACACAGCAUCAUGAGUGAGUUGAAGGACUGCCCCCCACUGAAAUACUACGACUUCAAGCCCGUGGAGCAUGUCAAAGUGUGUCCGCGCUACACUGCUGUGCUCGGCCGCUCGGAGGACGAUGGCAUCGGCAUUGAGGAGCUGGACACCCUGCAGCUGGAGCUGGAGACGCUGCUCUCCUCAGCCAGUCGCCGCCUCCGAGCCCUAGAGGAGCAGAGACAGAUCCUCACAGACUGGCAGGACAAGAAGGGAGACAAGCGCUUUCUGAAGCUGGGAAAAGACCCAGACCCAGCUGCCUCAUCUCGCCACAAACCAAAAAAGCAGAAGUUGGACGGCAAAGGCGCUCACGCACCAGGUCCAGGUCCUGGCAGACCCAAAUCCAAAAAUCUGCUGCCUAAAGUCCCAGAGUAUGAAUUCACCGACGAUCCACAAGACAUUCCACGCACACCUAAAAACGAUGCACCCAACAGAUUCUGGGCAUCAGUUGAGCCAUAUUGUGCCGAUAUCACGAAUGAAGAGAUACGAUUGCUAGAAGAGCUUCUGAAACCCCCGGAGGAUGAGGCUGAGUAUUUCAAAAUUCCGGCUCUGGGGAAACACUACUCUCAGCGGUGGGCUCAGGAAGAUCUGCUGGAGGAGCAGAGGGAAGGAGCACGAGCUAAUGACAAGAAGAAGAGCCUCAUGGGAGGGCCGCUGUCUGAGCUGGAUGCAAAAGAUGUGGACUCCUUGUUGAAAAAGUCUGAGUCCCAACAUGAAUCUCCAGAAGACGGAUGUCCCUUCGGUCCUCUCACGCAGCGUCUGCUCCAGGCCCUUGUAGAGGAGAACAUUAUAUCCCCCAUGGAGGAUUCACCCAUACCGGACAUUUCAGGGAAGGAUGCUAUUGAUGGCGCUGGGACGUCUCCUAGAAGCCAAGGAAAAGCUUUCAGUGUUCCUCACACACGUUCUCUAGAGGCUCGGAUCAAAGAGGAGCUGGUGGCUCAGGGGCUGCUGGACUCAGAGGAGCGACCUGGACUGGGAGGAGACUCUGAGGACGAGGUCCUGGCAGAGCUGCAGAAGAGGCAAGCGGAGCUCAAAGCCCUGAGUGGUCACAACAGAGCCCGUAAGCAGGAGCUACUCCGGUUGGCAAAAGAGGAGAUGCGCAAGCAAGAGCUGAGGCAGAGGGUCAGGGUGUCUGACAACGAGGUCAUGGAGGGAUUUCGGCGAAUCAUGGCAGCCAGGCAGAAGAAACGCACUCCAACCAAGAAGGAGAAGGACCAGGCCUGGAAAGCACUGAAGGAGAGGGAAAGCAUCCUCAAGUUACUGGACGGAGAAAAGUAGAAACAGUUUGUGUCUGGUGUUUAUCCAGAAAAGAAUGUUGGACGAAGAAUCUUUAUCCCACAGAUUGACGCAAAUCAAGAAUAGCUGUGACGGCUGUUAGAUGGUCAGUAAACCGCUGUAUUUAUGAUGAUGUGUGAUACUGUUUACUGCAGGUCUGCGUGAUUUAAUUAGGGACAUUUCUGUCGUAGUUUUUGUUGGUCAUGUACAGCAGAAUGCUCAAUUGAUCAGUAGCAUUUAAAACGCAUACGAGACUUUAUUUGUCUUUCUUUCUUUGUCAGGUGAAUUUUUAUGUUGUUUUUUUCUUUUACCAUUGUAAUGUUGUGAAAACAAUACACACAAAUGUUUGAAUAAAUCAGUACCACGUGAGGACAGUUGUUUGUAAGUGUAUGAAAUGCACAAUUCAGAGGAUAUGCAUCAUCACAGUGUGUGCUGUCGUCUUUUUCUUCAGUGCAGACGAGUCCUCAGCGUACUGAAUAAACACUGCUGCUACUGAUUCACAUAAUGCUUCAACAUCAUUGGAUCAAUUCAUAUUUCUGAUGUUGCUAUGUUUAUAUUCCUAUUGUUGACCAUUUUCCAUAACUGCCACAGUGCAUAGACAGAAAGUUAGAUUUUACUUUAUAUUUUAUCAAGCUUAUAGGCUAAAUAGGUCAUGCUCAAAAAACAUUAUGCAUUCAUGUUUUAAUGACUCGUAUCUAUUUAUGUAUGUUUAAAUUAAGCCAGAGGUUCAGCUUGCUCCACUGUUUAUGUGCUGGCUGUAGAAUAAUUUAUAUUGGUAUUUACAGUAAUAUUACUACACCAAUAGGAGGGAGCAUCUUGUGAGGUAACCCAAAGGAAACUGCCAUGAGCGAGAUUAUUUGUCAUAUGUUUGUUUUUUUUAACUUGCUUUCUUGUUUGUUUAUUUAUUACUACGUAAAGUCAUACAAUCUAUUGUGUGAAUAUGCAAAAUAGCAUACAAGUAUUUCUACUUUAUGUUUUUUUUUUUUUCUAUUUACCCACCUUGUUGUUUUUGCUCCAUUUAAAAGUCAACAUGCGGAGGAAUGAGUAAUUAUAUUACUUCUGGCUCACUUUCCCCUUUUUGUGAGAAAACAUGUUAAAUAGUCUCAUCUUACUAAACUCUUCACAUCGCAGCGGAAAGUGCUCCUCUUUGCUGAGUCACCACAAGAUGGCAGUCAUCGUCUGUUGACUGACGAGGCCCAUAGAAUUUGCAUAGCGAAGGCUCCUGUGGUUGACAUUAGCUCAACGCAGCAUGAGUCAGUGUGGUGUGUAUCACAGUCUUCACUUGAAGAUACCCUCACGUAUCAGGAGACUGUGUCUCACGCCACGCUGUGCAUCUGCUUGAGGGUUCACAACACAAACGUCGGACACGCUGCUCUUUCACCGACCAUGACAUGGUCACAGGCACGUGUCCACCCAAGUUUUAACAGCCAUGUCAGUAGCUCCAAAUUUUUUCUUCUAAAGCAUUUAAAAAAUAUAUAUAUUUAGGUGAAAGUGUUGAUAUCAAUAUCAAUCUCCUCAUUGUUUGUUUUACCCCCAGUGCCCAAGUAUUAUCAUAAGGCUUUGUCAAGCGUAGAGGAACGGUGCUAUCAGGAUGUUUGUUACUGUGUGAAAAUACAUUUAUCUUACAUAUAUUAUAUGGCAGCAACUAUGAUACCUCUAGGUUCUUUUUUUAAUUUGCCAGACAUGUAUACGCACACAUGUGUAGUGUAUAUACAGCAUAUCGGUAUGCUUGCAAGACCCUGAGUGGAAACUGUCUGAAUGUAAAUUAAUACAGCUAAACCAUCUUUUCAGAACGGACCGGUUGAAAAUAUAAACUCAAGCUCAGUGUCCUUGAGCAGAGCUUACAGCCAGGCUGGAGGCUGCAAGAACGGCCUGAUCCUCAUGUAAAAUAAACCUCAGUUUAGGUCGAUGGCCUCUAUGCAAAUGCAUAAUGCCAUCAGCCCGUGUGUAUGAAAGCUUUUAUUAACAUGCAGACCCAUUGAAUCCUCCUCACAGGUGAAUGAGAGGCUGAACAAAUAGCCGGGCGGCCCUCCAGGCUGGGCGUAUUGCACAGGGCUUUUGUUUGCAUUUGUUGUCAUUGGACCUAAACUGAAGGGCAGGUGGGUUUUGUGUUGAUACAUCGCUC